AUGGACGACAUCGUGACAAAGCAACAUGCACACCCGAAUACUGUUUUCCAUUGUUUGUACGGGUUCUUCAACCUCGGGUACACGAGACACCAGCUUGCGGCUGUGUACAACAAGUCGGAGAGGACAAUCGGCAACUGGAUUCGCGUCUAUCAAGAGAUGGGGACGUAUGAACGAUCGAACGGGACCGUGGAUCGAAAGUUUACUGUUGCACAGCGACUUUGGCUGCGGGACUUCUACGAGCGACGUCCACUUGCGUACUUGGACGAGGCACAGGCCGAGUUCAAGAGAGUUCACCACAUGGACAUUUCAAAAUCUACUGUUUGGCGAAUCAUCCCCGACUUUGGCCUAACGUGGAAAGUAUUGGAGCGUCGCGCUAUGCACAUAAAGGAGAAAAACGUGUUCCGCUUUGUCAAAGAAAUGGACAGCAUCGACUGGAGUCGUCAAACCUCGUCUUUUUGGACGAAGCAUCGUUUGACAAUCGUGGAGUGA